GCGUGAGUUCGGUCCUAAAUGAAAUUGUAUUGCCACCUCCUCUAUAGUAACCGAGGCUGAGCGGUGGAGCUGGGACACCAGCGGCGAAAAGGAUUAUUUAUUAUAUUUAAAAUAUUUGCCUCGGCUUUAGGUUACAGCUUCAAAAUCCGUGGACAUGUUCAGCAGUAGUCUCAGGGAGUUUGACGAGGAUCCGUUUUUGUCGGAUCCUUUCCGGGCUCACAGGGAACAUAUGCGGCAAAUGAUGCGUAGCUUCUCUGAGCCAUACGGUGUGCCCUUAAUGCCCAGUAUAAUGGAUGGGAGAAACCGUGGCCGUGAAAUGACAGAGCAUCCUAGCUCAUCCACUGCGCUGAGGGGCGAACACAGGGACAUGAUGAGGAACCCCUUCAGCAUGUUUGACAACAUGAUGGCCAACAUGAAAAACAGGAUGGAGGAGAUGCACAGAAACUUUGAGAAUAUCUCCACAGAUACAAACACCCACUCAUACAGCUCCUCAUCAGUCAUGACAUAUUCAAAAGUUGGAAAUGAGCCUCCCAAGGUCUUCCAGGCGACCUCAUCAACACGCCGUGCCCCUGGAGGGAUCAAGGAGACACGGCGAGCCGUUAAAGACUCUGAGAGUGGUCUGGAGAAGAUGGCCAUUGGUCACCACAUCCAAGACAGGGGCCAUGUUGUUGAGAAGAAAUACAACAAGAAAACAGGAGAGAAGGAGUUCAUCCAGGACUUCCAGAAUCUGGAUGAAUCUGAAGCACAGUCUUUUGACGAUGAGUGGAAGCAGAAGGUGUCAGAGUUUCAGCCAUCUGGCCCCAUGUCUCGCCUAGAGGAACCCCGAGUCCGUGGUGUUCACCGGGCAGCCCUCACCGGCUCCAAGCAGGCCCACAGUGACCAAUCAAAGGGCAAGGCUGAGGGUAAACGCCACACGAAAGGCUCGACAAAGCAGUAAAAACAUCUGUUUGUGUGCUUAUUAAAAGUCUUUCAAGCA